UUCACAGUACCUGCUGCGGUCGCUGUCUACAAGAAAAUGUACUUGUCUCAGUUCCCGCUCAGUGUAUUGACGUUCCGUACCCAUUAUGGCCUCUUUCACGAAGACACUACCCCAGACUCUGGUGCAUACAUAUCCCUUGCAUCAUCCACAGCCUCUCGUCCGCCGACAGUGAGCAGCGCCACGAGCGAGGAGCCUGCUGUUGUAGAUGAAGUUAUAAGAAUCGAUCCCGAGGCAAAUAACUCUGCACGUGAUUAUGUCUUCAACUGGGGGGUGAAUAGCGGCAAGCGAUUUACCGAGGUCGACGACAAGUAUCUGCGUACUAUUGGGGGUCAGCUAUAUAGAUAUACAGACAUGCAUCCUGGCUUGCGAGAGGCUUUUGAAUAUCACAGGCCGGGUCAAGCACGUCUCUCGCCGCCAAAACCUAAAUCUCGGCCCCGAAAAGGAGGGUCAAAGGCGCAAAAAGCUGCACAGCAAGCUCCCCAACAGCCUUCCGCACAUGUUCCAUCGCAGCCAGAGGCGUCCAAGUUUCAAAAGGGGAAGCAAAAAGGCAAAAGAAAGCGGCCCUGAACAAUGUCAACAUGAUAGCCCAGCCGUGUACUAGCGGUCACUACCGCAGGUGCCUUCCACUCGAGCGUUUGCAGGUGGCUCAACCAGCACAUUCACCCUUCACCACUCAUCGC